AGCUGGCUUGUCAGAGGUCGCAGUGGUCUGUUGUUAUCACAGAGGUGAUACUGUAGCGGUAUCGAUGUUGUAUUGUCCGCUGACCUAACAACAGAUUAACAGGACGACCAUCUGGACAGUGUUGAGUGUGCAGCAUCUGUAAUUCCACACAGGAGACGGAUCCUUUGUUAGGGGGUCCAAAGUUACACGACACCGGUGAAAUCAGCAGUAGCAGUCGACCAAGAUUGUUCCAUACCUUCUGUGAUAUAACCUACGAUGGUUCAUCCAACAUAUGCAGGAUGUUGGCUGACAGAACCAAUCGGAAAUUUAGUCGGACUACCAGUCGACCAGUUUAACUUCAUGAGCAGCCAGUUUCUGGGUAUUUUCUUUGGGCUGUUCUUCCACCUGAAGCUCCAGCCACCUGACACGUCCCCUACACUCCGGCAUAUCUACUGUCUUGUCGUGGGGCUCACUACAGUCUGGUUCUGUAACGGAUGGGAGACGUGGCACCUGGUGUUGCAGUCGUCAGUCUGCUAUGUCAUGAUGAACACAUUCCCACCACAGAUCAUGCACAUGUGUGUGCUGAUAUUCAGCCUGGGCUACCUGGUGGCGAUGUGUCUGUACCGCUAUCUCCUGCCAGAAGACAUGCAGUUCCUCGACAUCACCUUCCCAUGCACAGUGUCGGUUCAGAAGCUCUCCAGCCUUGCCUUCAGUAUAACAGACUCUCACAGAUAUAAGCUAGACAACAACUGUCUCACAGACUCACAGAAGAAAAGAGUUAUCAGCAAACCUCCCAAUCUGCUACAUUUCUUCAGCUAUAUGUUUUACUUCCAAGGAAUCUUGGCAGGACCUUUUACGUUCUACAACGACUAUAUUGAUUUUAUAGAUGGUCGGCACAUCACGUCUAGACUAGAAACUAAAGAUGAUGAUAAAAAGCCAUUGGUUGAUCCUAAAUCUAUAUCACCUUUGAGAGUGGUAUUUUACAAGUGUGUGAUGCUAGGUGUAUGGGUCUAUCUGUAUCUCCACGUCUCCAGUGUCCUUGUGCCUACAUCCAACAAUGCAGAUGCUGAUUUUAUACAGAGACACACUGUGUUCUACCGGCUAGGCUACAUGUACGUGUCAAUGUUGUGUCACAGAUCCAAGUACUUCCUCACAUGGACGUUAGCUGAUAUUGUAUAUAAUGCUUCUGGCUAUGGCUUCAAUGGACUUGAUGGCAAUGGGAAUGCUAAAUGGGAUAUGGUGACAAAUAUUAGAGUUGAAAAAAUAGAGACAGCAACAAGUUUUAAAACAUUUAUUGACAACUGGAACAUCCAGACGACUAGAUGGCUGCGUUACGUGUGUUAUGAACGGGCUCCAUUUUUACGCACCCACCUGACUUAUAUCCUGAGUGCAGUCUGGCAUGGAGUGUACCCCGGAUUCUACUGUACAUUCCUCUCAGCUAUCUGGUUCACCCUGGCUGGACGCAAGAUCCGGAGAAACAUCCGACCCCACUUCCAGGAGUCGGCCGGCAUGCGAGCCUUGUACGAGGUGUUGACCUGGGUGGGCACCCAGCUGCCUAUGGCCUACAUUGUCCUGCCAUUCACAUAUCUCAAUGUAGCUCCCUUUAUCACUUUCUACAACAGUGUGUACUGGUUUUUCCACGUCCUGGUGGCUGUCAUCCUGCUAAUUCCCUUCGACCGCAAACAAGCAAGGCACCCACAGGACACGACCAAAACCUCCACACCACAAACAGAAAUGACCUCUAGCCCCGGCAGGUUAUCCAACGGAAACUCCCAACGCAACUCCACUCAAGACACAUCAUAGAAGAUGAAUAGUCACAGUAUCAUGAUCAUAUCAUUAUAGAUUUCCAUAGCAGAUUAAGGGUCUGAUAUAUUUUAUCAUAUUUCAUAAGGAUGCAUUGAUGUUAGUGGUUUGUUUUUGUUUGAUUCUUUUGCAAGUAUUUGUGUGAAAGAUUGAAUUUGUAUUUCAAGGAGUGUGUCUUUGAACUGAGUUUGUUGUGACUUCAUUAUGUUCUGAAAUAUUAGACUACACAAUUCCAUGUCCUUAGCUGCCGAGUUCCAGCACAGCGUUCUUACAUGAAGUCAACCAAAUCAUGCCAUUCACGUACUGGUGAUGAGGGACACUUGUCAGGCCUCUAUAAAUUAAUUACCGUAUUCGACGUAAUAAGCGCCCUGCUCUAAUAAGCGCCCAUGGCGAUAUUUGCUAAUAUAUUGGCUAGUGAACAAUCCCAAUUAGCACCCCUUCCGAUUGAUCAAUGUAC